AUGGUUAAUGUUUUUAAUGUUCAAAUUUUUUUCAUUGUAUUUAGAGAAUCAUUAGAAGCAGUUAUAGUUGUAUCAGUUUUAUUAGCAUUUUUAAAACAAGGUUUAGGUAGUUCAACUCAAGAUCCUGUUGUUUAUAAGAAGCUAAGAAAACAAAUUUGGCUAGGGGCGAUUUUAGGUGUUAUAAUAUGUUUAAUUUUAGGUUGUGCAUUUAUUGGUGCUUGGUAUGGAUUAGGUAAUGAUAUUUGGUCAAAAUCUGAAGAUUUAUGGGAAGGUAUAUUUUGUAUAAUUGCUACUGUUUUAAUUAGUUUAAUGGGUAUACCAAUGUUAAGAAUUAAUAAAAUGAAAGAAAAAUGGAGAGUUAAAUUAGCUCAAGCUAUUGUUAAACCAGUUGGUAAACAAAUUGAAAAUGGUACUGGUAAGAAAACUACUCAUUGGAAAUUUAAUUUAGCUCAAUGGACCAAAAAAUAUGCUUUAUUCAUUUUACCAUUUAUUACUUGUUUAAGAGAAGGUUUAGAAGCAGUUGUUUUUGUUGGAGGUGUUGGUAUAAAUCAACCUGCAACAAGUUUCCCAAUUCCUGUUAUAGUUGGAUUAAUUGCAGGUAUUGCUGUUGGAACAUUAUUAUAUUAUUUUGGUUCAAAUUUAUCAAUGCAAAUAUUUUUAAUUAUUUCAACUUGUAUAUUAUAUUUAAUUGCUGCAGGAUUAUUUUCAAGAGGUAUAUGGUAUUUUGAAACUUAUACUUAUAAUCAAAAAACUGGUGGAGAUGCUUCUGAAAAUGGAAGUGGACCAGGUACUUAUGAUAUAGCAAAAUCAGUAUGGCAUGUAAAUUGUUGUAAUCCAGAAACUGAUAAUGGUUGGGAUAUUUUUAAUGCCCUUUUGGGAUGGCAAAAUUCAGCUACUUAUGGAUCAGUUAUAAGUUAUAAUAUUUAUUGGUUAUUUAUUAUUGCUGUAUUAAUGUUAAUGCUUUAUGAAGAAAAAACAGGACAUUUACCAUUUACAAAAAAUUUAACAUUAAUAAAAUUAAAUCCAAUGUAUUAUUUAAAAAAUAAAAAGAAACAUGAAUUAUCACAACAAGAAAAAACAGAAUUAUUUGAAAAAGUUAAAUUACAUAAUUUUAAUAAUCCAAAUGGUGGAGUCAAUGAAAUUAAUGAAAAUGAUCAAGAUGAUGUAUCAACUGAAAAAUUAUUAGAAUUAGAUAAUAAAAAAAAUUAA